AUGUCAAAUCCUACUCUUACAUUGUCACUAAUCUUCCUCUCCCUUUUGUUCAUUCCAAGUAAGAGCGAGUCCAUCACUGCAGCCAAUAAUUUCAUCAAGUCUUCAUGCAGCGCCACCACUUAUCCAGCCGUAUGCAUCCGAUCCUUGUCAAUUUACGCCUCGACCGUCCAACGAAGCCCACGCCAGUUGGCCACAACAGCUUUGUCCGUCAGCCUAGAGACGGCUCAAUCUGCUACGACAUUUCUGACCAAGCUCACCAAAUUUAAGGGAUUAAAACCUAGAGAGUACGCCGCCCUCAAGGACUGCAUUGAGGAGGUGAGUGAUGGAUUGGACCGGUUAAGCAAAUCGGUCCGGGAGCUCAAGACCAUGGGCGGGGCCCGUGGUAAAGACUUCAUAUGGCACAUGAGCAACGUUGAGACUUGGGUUAGUGCUGCACUAACUGAUGAUAACACUUGCAUGGAUGGAUUUUCGGGCCGGGCCUUGAAUGGUAGGAUUAAGUCUUCUGUUAGGGCACAGAUGACUAAUCUGGCUCAGGUCACCAGCAAUGCAUUGGCACUAUGCAAUCAUUUUGCUGCAUAG